AGCAGCAUAUGCCCGGGAUCUUCGGGACUAAAAAGUUGCCGUUUCGGCCCGUUUUGUUGUUUUAGUGAGGCUGACAGCGGUUGUCCAGAUGUUAGUACAUUCUUAUUGCACUGCGGACCGCCAUGACGGCGUCUCGAGUCACAGCUCGCGUCUGUCCCAGCUGGGCUCGGUUUCCCACGCGGGGCCCUACUCCAGCGCGCCGCCGCUCUCCCACGCGCCCUCGUCGGACUUCCAACCACCCUACUUCCCGCCGCCGUACCAGCCGCUGGCCCACUACCAGAGCCAGGACCCCUACUCCCACGUCAGCGACCCGUACUCCCUGAACUCUCUGCACCAGAGUCAACAGGGCGCGUGGGGGGCUCGGCAGAGGCAGGACGCCGCCGGGGAGCGGAUGGACAGCUCGUCUUUGCUGGCUCAGCCGAGAGCUUCGCUGCCGCAGCUGCCUGGGCUGGACCCACGGCGGGACUACGGGGGAAUGAGGCGGCCCGAUGUGCUCCUGCACGCCGCUCAUCCGGGGCUGGAGCCCGGGAUGGGCGACGGACUAUUGCACGGACUACACGGCCUGGAGGAUGUGCAGACCAUUGAAGACACCAACGGAACCAACAUACUGGAUCAAUCUGUUAUUAAGAAAGUACCCAUGCCACCCAAGAACCUUGGCUCAUUGAUGCUGGGCAAGGACGGCCUGAUUGGCGGAGUCAGCGUCAACAUAAACGAACUUUUCUGUUCGGUACCGGGUCGACUAUCCCUGCUCAGCUCCACCUCCAAAUAUAAAGUGACCGUUGGGGAGGUGCAGAGGAGACUUUCCCCACCUGAGUGCCUCAACGCAUCCUUAUUGGGGGGCGUGUUGAGAAGAGCAAAGUCUAAAAACGGUGGGAAAUGCCUGAGAGAAAAACUGGAGAAGAUUGGAUUGAAUUUACCUGCUGGGAGACGCAAGGCUGCAAAUGUCACGUUACUAACGUCACUCGUGGAAGGGGAGGCCGUGCACCUCGCCAGGGACUUCGGCUACAUCUGCGAGACGGAGUUCCCCACCAAAGCCGUGAGCGAAUACCUUAAUCGGCAGCACGCUGAUCCCAAUGAGUUGCACACGCGGAAAAACAUGCUGCUGGCCACCAAACAGCUUUGUAAGGAGUUCACUGACCUGCUGGCCCAGGACAGGACUCCCCUGGGCAACUCGAGGCCCAGCCCCAUCCUGGAGCCCGGCAUCCAGAGCUGCCUCUCCCACUUUUCCUUCAUCACACACGGCUUCGGUUCGCCCGCCAUCUGCGCCGCGCUCACGGCCCUCCAAAACUACCUCACUGAGGCCCUCAAAGGACUCGACAAGAUGUUCCUCAACAACCCUCCUAACAGGCAUGGGGACAACAAGGCCGAUAAAGAGGAAAAGCAACGGAAAUGAACCAUGUUGUUGCUUUAUGCCACUGAGACUGACGUGCCACGUGUGGGCCUGCAUGAGACAGAAGGGGAGGGAGAACUUCAGAGACACAGAAGGAUCGUUCAUCUGCGUUACCUUCUUCCGCUCCCCUGAGGAUAUGACGGUUACGGCGUUCCAUCCAUUUUGCCAGUAUGCGGACAGAGGUGCUGUGUGCAGCAACAGACAUUGUGUGCGCUUAUGUUUGUCUUCACGCAACAAAAGCAUUGUGAGUAUGAAGAUAGGUGAUGAGCUAUCUAUCUGUGAAACAGAUUUGUUUGGUAACUACACACAAAUAGAAGGGAGGGCGGGGUAAUUUAUGCGUGUACAUAUUUAUUUAUAUUAAUUUAAACGGUUGAUUUUGUAAAUAGGUGCCAGCUAUUUUGGAGUAGGCCUAUUUAUCUGUGAUUUGAUCUUUGUGAGUCGCCAGUGGGUUGGGAUGGGGGGAGUCGGGACUCAUCCGGUGUUUUUCUGUUCUUAUAGAGCUGUUGUCAUGGUGCUGAUGAUGGGUAGACAUGCUUUGAAUUGUCCUGUGCUUUCAUUUCUAUCACACUGAUAAUAAAUCAUGUGUUUUAUUAUGAGAGGUAUGCUGUCCUUCUGUGACAACGCUACACUUGUCAGUAUUUAUACUUUAAGUGAAUCAGUCUUCCUCAUGCUGUUUUCAGACUUAAAGCACAAACAAAAAAAUAUACAUUUUUGAUUUGACUAUAUACACUUGAAUAAGAAGGAAUUAUAAACAAGAUGGGAGAAUGUUUUGAACUCGUGGUUGGAAACAUUAAAAAAAAUAUAAUGCUAUGGUGCACGGCCCGUUUGAUUAGGAUCACAGCAAUCAUUAUGAUCUCAUAUGCUCUAAUGAUGUUUUUGUUUGUUUCUAAAUUUUCGACGCAGACCACUACAAUUUACAGAAAAAUGUGUCAAUUAUGCAUAUUUUCUUACAAAUGUAAAAUAAUACUAUGCAACAGAUGUUUUAUGAAAGGAGGCGAAUGUAAUGAACCUUCAAAAUCAAACUGCUUCUAAACAUUUUAGUGUAGUACCAAUUCUAAUGCUAAUGUUUAAUUCACAUAUUUUCAGUAUAGAAAAUCAUUUUCAUGCAAUUUCAUGAGAGAAAAUAUAUAAAUAUUCUCUAAAGCAACUGAGACCCAUUCAUUGAAAUGGAAACUAUAAAAUAUAUAGUUGAAUCCACAUCAAUUCCCAGACUGUGCAACAUUACAUCCUGGAGGUCUGAGCAAUCUGUUUGGACACUUUGGAAGUGCAAUAGUAUUUGAAAACAUGAUGCAAUUCCUCAUUACACCAUCAUUCUUUGUGUUCCUACGAUAAUUCCUAUACUUACAUGUACUUCAAGUACUAUCAGUUGAAUGUACACGGUGCUAAAAGCCCAUCCGUAGGGGGCCUAUUUUAUAAACUUAAAAUUCAAAUAUUUUCAAAUUCAAAGCCACUAGUGACCUAAAACCAAACAGCCACCUCCCUUAUGCAUAUAUGAGUCUCCAUGAGCAGCGGCAUCAAAAAUUUAAAGUAGUUUCAUAAUAAAAUCCAGAUUAAUUAUUUUUAUAUAAGUAUAACAAAACAAAAUGGCUAUAAAAUUCUCAGAUGUUAUGCUACAUUCAUAAAAAUCACCAAAUAUAGAGAUAAUCACCUAUAUCUUCAGGAUCAAUAACAAUAUUUAAUAGAUCACAAAAGUUUUUGCUGGAGAUAGUAACUUAACUUUUUUACAAAAUCCAACAUGGUGGACGUCACAAAACCAAGAGCUUUUUAAGUAGAAAAUUCUUGUAAAUAAAUACUCAAAUAGCACAAUUUCUAUAGCUAUGAAUGAAAAACAGUCUAGAUACUUGGUUAAAAGCAAAAAACGGGCAGUUAUUGUUCAUUUUACGUAAAUAUUUCAAAGUUACACAAAUUUUAUCCAUUGAUUUUUUUUUUCACGUUUCAAAGUGCAUGCAUAGACUUCAUAAUGUAUUGACGGGACACGGGGUGCGGGGCCGAUAAAAAUGGGGCCUCCAUUGUUGGCGAGGCCGUCAAUGCUGACCGAGUGGAAUCACAAAGAGCUUUUUUCGUUGAAAAUUCUUGUGAAUAAAUGCUUA